UAAAACGCUAGUCAUAGCAAGAUAGGACGCACGGUAUUUGAAUCGUAGAUUGAGGUUAGGAGAGCGUGUAGAAUCAAUUCCUUUUAGCACUGCGGUGCGUUUUAGACGAAUCACAAUAGUUUGAGAUUACUGGAUAACAUUAAUUUUCAUAAGAUACAUUAUUUUAUGUCGUUUCCUAUGUCUGUUACGUUUCCAUACGAUAAAAAAAUCAAAUAGGUGUCGCAUGCUAAACCUUACGAAAAUAAAACAAAGAAAACAAACACAAGACAAAAACUAAUUACUAAUAUGGUCACAUGUAGCUUGAGAAAAAAAGUAUUUUUGUAGCUAAUAGUUCAAAUAUACAUGCAAGCUGUAGGGUUUCUGGUCAGGCACGGAACGGAAUACCUAUCAACACAAAUCGGAGUGGGGUCCGUACAGUAGCUUCUUGAGUUUAUAGUUUCGCUGUGUUUAGCUGCUCAACAUGACACUUUUAAAGUGUCUUCUCUGUUUAGGAGAAGAUAAAGCAGAAGAGGACACAACACACCUAGAGAAAAUCUUACCGCCGGACUACUUUCAUCUACUGUGCCAACAUGAGCUUCUAGAGAUGUCAGUUGAUUCAGAAAACUUCAGAGCAUCAUUAAAAUUGCCGCUGACUACAGAAGAAGAGGUCCAGAAGUGGCUUGAUGACUUCCAGAAAUCUUCGACCUUAACAUGGAGAAAGUCCAGAACAUACCCAGACUCUGGACGUUAUAACAGAUACAGAGUGGAUCUAAGAUGCCAGCACAAAACGUACACUUCAUCCAAAUCACCCAAAACAACAGCUCAUCCAAAACCGUCCAAAAAUACCAACUGCCCUGCUACCAUGUUUCUAAUCCUCAAAAGACACAUGCUAGAACGAAAGUCCAGAUCUGGAGACCCGCACAUAGAACAGGGCUACUUCCUCCAUGUGAACUUAAGGAAUGAACACAACCACAAACUCACGAGUGUUGAGGCCAUGAAGUGGAGAGACGUGUCGAGUGAAACUAUUGAAAAACUUCAGGAGCUGUACAUGAGUGGACACUCUCCCUCUUCUGCGCUUAAGACAAUUAAAUAUAAUCUACAGGAGGAAGAAGGAGAAAAUUAUAUUUACGCCAUAGCGGAUCGCUCCAUUUGUCCGGACCUUCAGUUUUGCUACAGAUUAUACUACAAGCUUUUUCAGAAGACAGAAGUUGUCUCUGAAGAGAAGGAUAUUUCAGAGCAGCUUUUUAAACCCUUGAUGUUGGAUCCAUCCCAAUGGGAAACUUCGACAGUGACAGCUGGACCCACCACGUGCAUUGGGGUGACGACAGAAGAUGGAGUGACUGUUACAGUACCACUUAUCACUGCAGAUGGAGAAUAUCUCACAGAAGUCACUGAGCCAGGGCCAAGUGCUGGUGAAGAGGUUGUUGGGUCUUUGGAUGGACAGCUGGAAGAGAUUUUCGGGAUGCUGAAAAAGAAGCUGAGUGAGGAUGCAACUUUCACACCACCUAUAAGAGCGUUUGUGUCUAAUUUCUUUCAAAUAAAGACCGACAGUGUUCUGCAGUCUGCGCUCUUUGCUUUUGGUGAAACUACUCCGACGAUAAACAAUGCGAUGGCUCUACCACCACCUGCAGGCCCACGGAAGAAAGGGACUAAAGGGGGUCGUCGAGCUGUUGGUAGACCGCCAAAGAGCACAAGAAGAGAGCACCCAUACUGUAACAGCAAAUCUAAAUUCACUACCCAAACUCUUACAUUUUGUUUGCAGGAAGGUAACAUACUUGAAGCACAGACUGACUCCUUAUCUCCAGCAGAGCAACAUCAUGAACAACAACAACAACAAGAUUAACAAUCACAUCAACAUAUAAAAAUAAAUGACCCUAUUUAGCUUCUUAAUGCAUUUCCGGGGUCUUUUGGCAGAUUAUUCAUAUUACACAGAAACAGCAGUAAUAUUUGAUGUUUUGAGUUUCUCUUCCUCUGAAAUGACAUUAUGAUGUCAUCUAGGCUGAUUUAAUGUUAACUGAGAGCCAAAUAGGUAUGGUUUUGAUGUAGAUAAUUCAGUCUUUUAAAAUACUUAAUAUAUAUAAAUAUAUAUAUAUACUGUCAAUGAUUAACUUAGUGUAUUCAUGCCAGUUAACAUUAGUGAGAUGAGUUCAGUUCUGCGUUCAUUCUUAUAUGAAGUCCAUUUUCAGCAUCUGAAAGAUUUUUGAGGUUGUUACUGUACCUAUGAGGAAAAACAUGAAUGACCUUUUUAUUUCCAAUAUUACUUUUGCUUUACAAUAAUAAUGGUUACAUGAUACAACAGACUCUUUAAUCCAGUGUUAUACAGUUCACAUACAAUUUAUUUUGUGUGGUUAUUUUUGCAUUUUCCAAACUUGUGUAAGUGACUGUAUGUUCCUACUUCAAUGCGUUACAUGUUAUUCGAGCUUUACUUGGUCCAAUACAAUAUUAUGUUAAUGUCAUUCAAAUUUAGCAAGUUAUGACUGAAAUAAAAAGAUCCCUCACUGUCUUGUC